AUGCCAUCAUAUGCCAUCCUGGGGGUAACAGGCUCCACUGGAUCCUCGCUCCUCAGAUAUCUUCACGAGAGACCAGUGAAAGUCAACAUCAACUUAUAUGCGCGGUCUGCACCCAAAGUCGAGUCAUUGCACCCAUACGUCAAGACCGCAGAAAACAUUCAGAGUUUCGUUGGUGAUCUCUCAAGCGCAGACGUACUCAAAAAUUGUCUACGAAACACAGAUGUAAUUUUCAGCGCCAUCGCUCAGAAUUCCAACGAGCCAGGCUGCUCCAUCGCUCAACGGACAGCCCACAGUAUUGUAUGUGCACUGGAGGCGUUGCGAAAAGACGAAGGUCCAACUUUCAAAUGUCCCAUCUUGGUUUUCCUGACCUCGGCUUCUCUGAACCCAACUUUUUCGGAAUCUACGCCACGGCUGCUUCACUGGGUGCUUGAACGCGGGUGCUAUUACAUUUACGAAGAUCUCAGGAAAUCAAUCAAGUAUCUAAAGGAGCAGUCGUGGAUCCCUUUGAUUACCGCCGAACCUCCUGCACUAAUUAAAGAUAUCCCGCGUGGAUAUGAACUUUCACAAGAGGAAGUCAUGCCCGGCAUCUCCUACGAUGACCUGGCACGUGGGAUGGUGCAAAUGGCGGAAGAAGAUGGCGGUAAUAAAUGGGUCGGCAAAGGAGUGGGGAUUAAGGCAACAGGCAAGGUGAAGAUGGAUUACCUGCCUCUUAUCUGGUACCUUGUUACUGGUUUAGUUGCCUACUUCUCUCCUGCGGCCUGGAAACUUUUGCAAAGAGCAGGUCUGAAUCCAUGA